CACGCGGCGGAGCCGGCUCGGGAGGGGGGCUUCCCCGGAGGAUGCCCGGCGGCGGCGGCGGCGAGCUGAGCCGGCCCUGGAGCGGGCGGCGCGUCGCCAGGCGGGCGUGACCACGGGCGCCCCCCGGCUGCCCCGCGCCGGCGCCGGGCCCGCACGAUGGGCUGUAUCCAAAGCAUCACCUGCAAGGCGCGGAUCCGGCGCGAGAACAUCGUGGUGUACGAUGUGUGCGCCACCAUCGACCAGUGCCCCACGCGCAUCGAGGAGACCUCGCCCAUCGUCCUGCGCUACAAGACUCCCUACUUCAAAGCCUCGGCCCGCGUGGUCAUGCCCCCCAUCCCCCGCCACGAGACCUGGGUGGUGGGCUGGAUCCAGGCGUGCAACCAGAUGGAGUUCUUCAACACCUACAGCGACCUGGGCAUGUCCAGCUGGGAGCUGCCUGACCUGAGGGAGGGACGUGUCAAAGCCAUCAGUGAUUCAGACGGUGUCAGCUACCCAUGGUAUGGGAACACCACUGAAACUGUGACUCUGGUGGGCCCCACCAGUAAGAUCUCGCGGUUCUCUGUCAGCAUGAAUGACAACUUCUACCCCAGCGUGACGUGGGCGGUGCCUGUGAGCGACAGUAAUGUGCCGUUGCUCACAAGGAUUAAGAGGGACCAAAGCUUCACCACCUGGCUGGUGGCUAUGAACACCAGCACCAAAGAGAAAAUUAUCCUGCAGACCAUCAAGUGGCGGAUGCGAGUGGACAUCGAGGUGGACCCUCUUCAACUCUUGGGCCAGCGGGCCCAGCUGGUGGGCAGGACUCAGCAGGAACAGCCCCGGAUCUUGAGCCGGAUGGAGCCCAUCCCGCCCAAUGCACUGGUCAAACCCAAUGCCAACGAUGCCCAAGUCCUCAUGUGGAGGCCAAAGCGGGGUCCGCCUCUGGUGGUGAUCCCUCCUAAGUAGAGUACCCUGGCUGGACCUGAGCAGAGGGGAACCUGCAUCGAUGAGACACUGCUUCAUGGGGUGGCUGCCGGGGAUGGUGGGAGCCAAGUUGAGUUUCUGAGCCAAAGCAGACCUCAGGGUUUGCGAGUCUUCAUGGCGCUCCUGUAUGGUUGAACCAUAAUCUGUGGUCAGCGCCCCCUCCUUUUUAGGAAUAAAACCAAUCACUGGCUCCACAGAUGUGCGCUCUUCCAUGCAAGGAGCUGUGGUAUCUGGGAGCCAACAGCCAUGAUCCUGAGCUCAGAACACUUUAUCAUCUCCAUCUUCCUGGGAGGCAACACGGGUUGGAGAUAAAAUGCGGCAGAUCCAAGUGGCAUAUGCUGCUUUCCAGCCAAUCACAAGCAGGAAAGGAAACAUUCCCGGUGUGGGGCAGGUCAGGGGCUGGAGAGGAGGGUGCCUGGUGAGAGGAAGGACUGUGCUGUCACUUCCCAGUAAGAAGGGCAUGCACAGUUGGUGAUGGCUGAGGGAGCAGAAAGAAGCCUUAGAAAAGCACAGGCUGAUGGGUCAAGAGCCAAGCCAGGAGCUGUCCAGGGUGCUGAUGGGGCCACAGGUGGUUCGUCUGCCCACUCCUUCCCAAAACUAUCUUCAAUAUAUCUUUCUCUUCGAGGGAUCAGUUCCUGGAUUCUGCAGUUUCCCAUGUUAUUGGGGGCCUUCAUCCGUCUUCAGUGAAAACUCAAGUGGAGAUUUUUGUUCUGUUUACAUCUGCUUCUUCCCCACGGCCAGCCUGAAGUUUACAAAGUGGCCUUUUGUGUAGAAGCCACAGUCGCCGUUGGGACACCCUUCAUGGGAAGGAAUGUGGUUCCACCUCUCCCUUCCAAGUUCCUGAAUGGUUUGCACGCAGGAGGCAUGGAUGCUGCUGUACCCACACACCCACACCCCGUGGAUGGGGCAGCGUGAUCCGCGCACAGCUCGAGCCUUUCCCCAUGCAUAGAUCAUUGCUGGGCAUCCAUCUGUGUUUGUUUUAGCUUGAUUUCACAGAAGUUCAGCUUUGACUGGGCAAGCACUGUGAGAAAGUACUUCAUGAAGCUUAAUGUUGGAGCUGUUUAAUGCCAACCUGAGCUGCUCUCCCUGGGCACUGAAUUGGCAAUUGCUGAGGUAUGACUGGUACAGCUGAGACACAGUGUUGGGCUCCUAAGUCAGGUCAAUACAAAAACGUUUCAGUUUGCAGCCUUGAUAAGAAGGAAUUUUCUAACUUGAAUCACCCGUACCAACCCCCCCCGACCAAAAAAAGAGCCUUUCUUUCUAUUCUCAAUAGUGCUGAUACAUAUAUAUUUAUAUAGUGUUUUCUAUGUAUAUAGAGUUGCUUACUCAAUGGCCCCUGUGAAAAGAACCAGCUCCCACCAGGGCAGGUGGGUUUUAUGGAUGGCACUACUAGCCUAAUUUCAGAGGUGAGAGUCAUAGUCCGAUGGCUGGUGCCAAAGAUCUGUCUUGACUAGUUUGAGGAUGGAGAAGGAAGGCAAGAGAAGGGCUUGUUUAUUACUUUUAUUAUUAAAAAUCCCCUUUAGUCUAA